AACAACCGCCGCCUUUCUUGCUGUCCAAGAUAAAUACUGACGAGAUAAACCACAAAUAAACCAUAAACCCACAGAUAAAGUCUUCCCCAUUUCCUCCUUCAUCUGCUUACUCUUGUCCCAGUUCCCCUUUUUGUAUUAUCGAGUUAUGGAAGCUACUUUUGAGUCGGUAAUGAGUUCAAAGAAUAGCAAUAACGAGCACAGCCCUUCACUACAGAGUUCCGGUGUCGCCGUUAGCAAUAAGAAGCGGCGGAGGAGGCGAAACGUUGGUGAAUCGGUGCAAGAUACACUUGAGAAGUGGAGGGAGUUGAACGACAACAACAAAGCUGAUUAUGGUGAAGAAGAUGGUGUUAGAAGAAGGGUGGUUAAGGUUCCAGCCAAAGGAUCUAAGAAGGGGUGCAUGAGAGGGAAAGGAGGGCCAGAGAACGCAGGAUGUAGGUAUAGAGGUGUAAGGCAGAGAGUUUGGGGGAAGUGGGUGGCUGAAAUUCGGGAACCUGUUAGCCGUGGAAGACAACCGACUAAAGGGAAUAGUAGGCUUUGGCUUGGGACGUUCUCUAAUCCUAUUGAAGCUGCCCUUGCGUAUGAUGAAGCAGCUAAAGCUAUGUACGGUCCAUUUGCACGCCUCAACUUUCCUAAUUACUCCCCGGGAUCCAUGGUUUCCUUCGACAAAGUUUCAGCUUCAGCUGAUAACAAAACAUCAUCCGCGGAGAUGGAGUUCACUUCGCCUUCGAGGAGUGAUAGCUUGGGUGACGAAAAACCUGAAUGUUCUGAAGUCAGGAAGAAAGAGGAAACAGGGGAGCUGAUGCAGGGUACUACAGGAGAAACAGAGACCAUGGAGUAUAAAUACAAGCAUCCAGAUUAUUUUGAGGUUCAGACUACCUUAAAGAAUGAAGAAACAGAGUUCGAGCUUUCAAGGGACACGAAAGAAAUUCAUUUUCCACAUAGCAUUUCAACAGAAGGUACAGCAGAUGCCAAGCCUGUUGGGUUAAAAACAGAGCAAAAUUAUGAUUCUGAUCCGUUCGAGUUACCUUGCUAUCCAGCCAGUUCUUGGCAAAUUGGUUUAGCUUCUCCCCAGCAGAACUGGAAAGCCAGACUAGCAAGUCAAGAGUGGUUGAAUAAUUUAGGGACAGAGUUGGGUCUGGAUUACAACUUUGAUUUUACGAGGCAUGAUCUUUAUCUUCUGGACUCUGUAGAAGAGUCAGCACCUUUUAAUUUGUGGUCCUAUGACUCAGGAUUCUAGGUAUUUUGCAGGAUUGCUUAUGAAUUUGUGAUGUUGUACGUCUAUGAUUUCAACUAUGUUCUAAACCUUUUGUAAAACAGUUGAACGGAACAAUAUUAUAACAUUAGAUAUAUAUUUUUUAUAUUAGUUGUAUAAUAAAAAUCAAUUUUUUUA